CUUUCAGCGAGCUCGGCACAAGGAUUUCUGUGUAGCCGACGUACCAAUCCAAAGAAAAUGGCACUUGGUUUCUGAUUUCGCGCGCGAUGUAAAAAAGUCCCGGGCGCUCAUCCCUUCAUUGUUUUCUUCUUCUCUAAGAAGUUGCGGAAAUGGCGUACGGCGACAAGCAUCGGACUUUUGUCCAAAUUUUAAUGCAAGCUGGAAUCAUGUCCGAAAACAUAAUUCAACAAGUUGUAACAGAAAUAUUCGCCCAAAAUCCAGUCUCGUAUCACGUUGCUUUCAUUAAUCUGCACCUCGAUACCGUCGGCUUUAUGAUCAAAUCGUGUCUCAGCGAAUUGACGGGUGAAAGAUAUUACAUGCUCACUUCGACAACGAUGGAAACCGCAACUAUACCACAGACUCAAUUCACAAAAGCUCAAUUAGAAAUGUUGAGAUGUAUUUAUGGUGGAAUUAUCGAAUCUCCAGAAGGCAGAGUUCUCGGCAACGCUUGUCUUGGUUUAUGUGGCAAGAUGGAGAAUCCCAUCACUCUAACCAAUGCCCAAGUCUUCUUGGACAAUGUUGUUCGCUCCAAGUGGUUGGAUUUCAAAGAUAAUCACUAUUACAUUGGUCCACGGAGUAUAAUGGAAUUGAUGUCUUACUUCAAGUCAACUCACGAUAAAGCCUUCAACGUUUGCUCACUGUGCAAACAGACUGUUUUUCACGGACGACCAUGCGAACAGUGUGAAACAAUGUCGCAUCUUUAUUGUCUCGCGAGAGCCGCGAAGGUUCAAAAUCCUCUGAAGUGCUCAAACUGCAAAGUGGAACUUCCAACGGAUGAUCUACCAGAUGUGCCAGAUACAAGGUCGAAUGUAAACGAUGCUACUCAACUGGGUACACAGUCAAGCCAGACACGCGUGAAGCGUUCAAAAAAGACUGGACACGAGCAUUGAAACAUCAGCAAAAUCGCACGGAAAUCACCAACGAUUACGCGACGUCUGUCGACCGAGCGAAAGUGCCAGGUUGGGUUUCGAAUUCGAACAGCUGAUCCGUGUUUGUACACGCUACACUAUAUAUAAAUAUAGGUAUAAUUCGCCAUUUAAACGCUUCAUAAACAGUGAUAAUUUAUUUUUAUAUUCGUAAUGCAAUUAAACAAGAGUUGUUAUAUUUUCUAUUUUCACAUGUUACGAGUUCGUGAAAAAUGGCUUUAAUAAAGAUUACAUUCUUUCUAUA